UCUAAAGGGGGCACGGCGUGUGUCACGUUGCGUGGGACAGUCAGGAACACAUUCACAAUAAUGUGGCAGAAUCUUUGGAAUUGGAAGUAACAGUCCUCCAGACUAUAGUUACCCAGGAGGGGAAAAAAAGAGCCCAUUUGCCGUGACAUUGUGAAUUCGCAAUGCCGUGACCCGGAUUCGAACCGGGGUUGCUGCGGCCACAACGCAGAGUACUAACCACUAUACGAUCACGGCGAGCUACCAGGGCUGUGCGCUAAGAAGGAGGAAAAGUCAAUUUAACUGAAGCCUGGAGUGACGUGGACAUGCGCAACCAUUUCAUUUGCAUGAGGAUACUCCAGAGCUGUGAUAAUGAAUGGAAAACUCAUCCCCCAUACUCCACUGGCUGUGGACUUCUGGCAGGUCAGGAAGUGUCCGCAUGUCCGCCUGUUCUUCCUGUCCCAUAUGCACAGUGACCAUACAGUGAGCCUGACCUCGACCUGGGCCAACAGACCAAUCUACUGUUCACCGGUUACUGCCACACUGCUCAAACUCAAACUACAGGUCAGAGAGAGAUGGAUCCAUCCUCUAGAGGUGGGGGAACCCAACAUGUUGCCUCUGGAUGAUAUAGGCAAGGAGAGGUUGACCGUCACUCUCAUGGAUGCUAACCACUGUCCAGGGGCGGUCAUGUUCCUGUUCCAAGGAUACUUUGGCACCAUACUCUACACUGGAGAUUUUCGCUACACUCCAUCCAUGCUGCGUGAGCCGUGUCUAAGGACCAACACCACUAUAGAUGUCCUGUACCUGGAUAACACUAACUGUGACCCCACACGCACCCUGCCCUCCAGACAACGAGCCACUCAGCAGAUCAAAGAGAUCAUCCGUAGCCAGCCCAAGCACAAUGUUGUCAUUGGCCUCUAUACUCUGGGUAAGGAGUCUCUAUUGGUACAGCUGGCCAUGGAGUUUAAGACCUGGAUUGAAGUGUCCAUCGAGAGACUAAAGACUCUCAGAGCCCUGGAGCUACCAGAUGUCUUCACCACUGAGCCAGGAGCGGGUCGGAUCAGGGCUGUGGACCAGUCAGAGAUCCGCUCCACCAACCUCCUCCGUUGGAACAGGGAACACCCCACCCUGGCCAUCCUGCCCACCAGCAGACCCCUGGUCUCCUUCCACCCUAAUGUUCAUGUGGUGCCUUACUCUGACCACUCCUCCUACCAGGAACUGGAGGACUUUGUCUCGGCCCUGCAGCCCACCUCCCUGGUCCCCAUCGUGGGCAGGCUUACCUCUGGCAUCCCCUCCUUCUCUGCCCUGCUGCCUAGGAGAAAACACCACGACGUUCUGGUUCCCGAGUCAGUCCGGCACUAUAUGAAGGGCCGGCCUGAGUUGCAGGUUCAAGACCCUGGUCAGUCCAGCUUCCUGGGUUACAGUAACCUGCUGCGGAGGCCUAUCCGACCCCCUCCACCCAGAGGGGUGGUGUUUGAGUCCCCCCCUAAGGCCCCCUCCAGGCCUGGGUCGGUGGCGGACGAAGCCUGGGAGACAGGGUCCAUGGAGCAUCCUCAUCAGGAGGAAGAGAUGGACAUAGAGAUGGAUGCAGAAAAAGAUGGAGAAGAUUCAGACUGUAUACUGAUGGAUCUCAGUAAAGACCACAGCCCUACCACAGACAUAGGGCCCAGCUCCAACCCCAACCCCAGCCUGACCGGAGACCCUAACCCCAGCCUGACCAGAGACCCCAACCCCAGCCUGACCAGAGACCCCAGCCUCAGGAGAGCCCCAUGGAGCCUGAAUCUGGUCCACAAGGUCUCAGAGAACCUGGAUUUGGAGGAGAGUGUCCCUUUCAGUCUAUUCACCCAGAGUAACUUUACACUCAUGGAGGUCCUGAGAAACACUGCCAUUUCACUGAGACCCAGAGCUGUGAGAGAGGAGACCCAUCCUCAGUAUUUGCCUCGUGACAAUGACAAUAUGGCCGCUGAAAACUGUAACUUCAACGAAGUGUCAGUUAACAUAACCAGUUCCCACAAUGGAAACCCAGACCAGGAGAUAGAAUGUCUUCCAUUACCACUUCUUAGCCUGAGCCCCUGUUCCAGUGACAGUACCUGUGUGAACACUAGUGACACCACUGACACACAUACACAACCUGAACCUCCAGAAGACUGUGAGAUGUCUCUUCUGCGGUCCCUCCCUUUCUCCGAGGAGGACGUGUCUGUCUCUGGUUGCUAUAGGAACACUCUUCUUGACCGGAGCUUUUUGGAAAAGUUCAGCCUCUCUCCUUUAGAUUUGAAGUAGGGUGUAGUUGCCCAAGCCAGUUUUUCGAUUUUUCUCCACUAAUGGUAAAGGGUAUGAUUGGGAGAGGUGAAGCUGAUCCUAGAUCUGUACCUAUAGCAGUCUUCAGUUCCACUCUGCUGUGGAGAGGUACCUUAGCUGCUGACGCCCGACAGAGACAGAGGACAAUGUGAAUACUAACGUGUCAACGGUCUUUCCUCCACUUGUACUGUUUUUGUAAUUUAUUUUUUGCUAUGUCAGAUGGAGAUUUUCCAUUUAAGUUUGUUGUUUUUUGGUUCAGGACUAGGCUUAAUCUGUGUCUGGGGAAACUGGCCUGUUAUGUUGACUUUAAGAAGUGCUUAUUUCAGUGUCAUUUUAAUUUCUGACAUGAUUGGUGUUUAUACAGGUGCAGUAUUUACUCAGCUCUCACCUACUCUAUGUUAUGGCUAGGUUGUAGGUUGCAUGGAUUCAUUCCAUUCCCCGUAAUGUGCCACAGUGAUUGAACCAUGUUUUUAAGGAUUUAUUCCCCGUAAUGUGCCACAGUGAUUGAACCAUGUUUUUAAGGAUUUAUUCCCCGUAAUGUGCCACAUUGAUUGAACCAUGUUUUAAAUGUGACUCAUUGGUGAAAGGCUUCAUCCUGUAGCCAAUGUAUUCUAUGCCUUUUAACCCAUCUCACAGUUGAUUAUAUAUAUAUAUAUAUAUAUAUAUAUAUAUAUAUAUAUAUAAUAUGUAAUGUACACUGAGUAUACCCAAACAUUAGGAACACCUUCCCCCUUGACUGGUGUCAAGCUCCCUGCCAUCCAGGACCUAUAUGUCAGACAGAGGAAAGCCCGAAAAACUGCCUAAGACUCCAGCCACCAAAGCCUUAGACUGUUCAUUCUGGUACCACCCAGUACCGCCUGGUGCAUCGGCUCCCAUGACAACAGGCGCUGAGACAGCUUCUACCCCCAAGCCAUUAGACUGCUAAAUAGUUAAUUAAAUGGUUACCCAGACUAUCUGCACUGACCUCAUCUUGUACUGAUUCUAUGCACACUCACAAGACUAUACACUGUGUUGCCCUCAAAACAAGCCUCAAUUUGUCGGGGCAUGAACUCUACAAGGUGUUGUAAGCAUUCCACAGGGAUGCUGACCCAUGUUGACUCCAAUGCUUCCUACAGUUGUGUCAAGUUGGCUAGAUGUCCUUUGG